GGAGCUCGCGGCUAGUGGCGGCGGUGGCGACUGUGGCGACCUGGGGAUCGACCUGGAGGGGCCUGGGCGGCGUGCGGAGAUCUCUAGAUCCAGCGCGAGGGACCUCCCGCCAGAAUGCCAGGGGAGCAGAUGGACCCUACUGGAAGUCAAUUGGAUUCAGAUUUCUCUCAGCAAGACACUCCUUGCCUGAUAAUAGAAGAUUCUCAGCCUGAAAGCCAGGUUCUGGAAGAAGAUGCAGGUUCUCACUUCAGCGUGCUGUCUCGACACCUUCCUAAUCUGCAGAUGCACAAAGAGAACCCCGUAUUGGAUAUCGUGUCAAAUCCGGAACAAACUGCGGCAGAACAAGGAGACAGUAAUAGCUCGUUCAAUGAACAUCUGAAAGAUAACAAGGCUUCAGACCCUGUGGAGUCUUCUCAUUUGGGUCCGAGUGGUUCCAUCAGUCAAGUCAUAGAACGGUUACCUCAGCCAAACAGGACGAGCAGUGCUCUGGGAGUGACAGUAGAAGCUUCUCUCCCAGAGGAGGAGAAGGAGGAAGAGUUGGAAGAGGAGAAGGAAGAGGUGGGAGCAAGCGCUCCGGAUGCUGACACACACUGCCUUGCUGCUGAAGAUUCUGCAUCGUCACAGUUGGGCUUCGGAGUUCUGGAACUUUCCCAGAGCCAGGAUAUUGAGGAACAUACAGUGCCAUAUGAUGUCAACCAAGAGCAUCUGCAGCUGGUGACCACUAACUCGGGUCCUACCCAGCUAUCUGCUGUGGGUGAAGGUACUGCAGUUAAAUGUGAAGAACAGACCACUGAAGAUAUCUCCAUGAUAGAACAACCCAGCAAAGACAUCCCUGUUACAGCACAGCCCAGUAAAGAUAUCCAUGUGGUAGAAGAACAGAAUCUACCACUUGUAAGGUCUGAAGACCUGCCUUCCAGUCCUCAAAUUUCUAUUGCUGCUGUGGAAACAAAGGAACAGGUACCUGCCCGAGAGCUGCUGGAAGCGGGGCCACAGGUGCAGACGUCAUCGGAGCCUGAGGUUUCCUCAACUCAGGAAGAUUUGUUUGACCAGAGUAGUAAAACAGCUUCUGAUGGUUGUUCUACUCCUUCAAGGGAGGAAGGUGGGUGCUCUCCGGUUUCCACACCUGCUACCACCCUGCAGCUCCUGCAGCUCUCUGGUCAGAAGCCCCUUGUUCAGGAGAGCCUUUCCGCGAAUUCCUCAGAUCUUGUUGCUCCUUCCCCUGAUGCUUUCCGAUCCACCCCUUUUAUCGUUCCUAGCAGUCCCACAGAGCAAGGAGGGAGAAAAGAUGAGCCCAUGGAUAUGUCAGUGAUACCUGAAGGAGGGGAGCCUUUCCAGAAGCUUCAUGAUGACGAAGCAAUGGAGAUAGAAAAACCUCUUCUCCCAUCUCAGCCUGCUCUGUCACCGCAAGCGUCAACACCAUUGUCUCGGAGCACACCGGUUUUCACUCCUGGCUCACUUCCCAUCCCGUCCCAGCCCGAGUUCUCUCAUGACAUUUUCAUUCCAUCACCAAGUUUGGAAGAACCAUCAAAUGAUAUGAAGAAAGGUGGAGGUUUGCAUAGCUCAUCUCUCACUGUUGAGUGUUCUAAGACUUCAGAGAGCGAACCAAAGAAUUUCACUGAUGACCUUGGGCUCUCCAUGACAGGGGAUUCUUGCAAACUGGUACUUUCUACAAGUGAGUAUAGUCAGAGCUCAAAGAUGGAGAGUGUGGGUUCUUCCAGGACUGAGGAAGACGGAGAGAACACGCACAUUGAUGAUACUGAACCCUCGUCUCCAGUUAACGAUUCGAAACUUCCUGCUGAAAGUGAAAAUGUCCUGGUGAAUCCAGCACAGGACGAGCAGGUGGAAAUGAGUCACAAUGCAGAUACAGCAAAAGGGGGUGAACCGGAGGACAGAGGUGAUGGUGGUGCUCCAGCUGCUGGCUGGAAAGGCAGAGAGGACACGGGUGCCGAAGACGUUUGCAUCGACCUCACUUGUGAUUCUGGGAGUCAGGCCGUUCCUUCUCCAGCUACCCGCUCUGAGGCACUUUCCAGUGUUUUAGACCAGGAGGAAGCGAUGGAAAUUAAAGAACAGCAUCCAGAGGAAGGCUUUUCGGGAUCUGAAGUAGAAGAAGUUCCUGAGACUCCCUGUGGAAGUCACAGAGAGGAGCCUAAAGAAGAACAGAUGGACAGCAUCCCACUGCACCUUUCUCUGACCGAAACUCAGACUGAGGCAUUGUGUCUGCAGAAGGAAGCCCCUAAAGAGGAAUGCCCAGAAGCUAUGGAAGUUGAAACCAGUGUGAUUAGUAUUGAUUCCCCCCAGAAGCUGCCAGUCCUUGACCAGGAAUUAGAACAUAAGGAUCCAGAAACUUGGGAAGAAGCUACUUCUGAGGACUCCAGUGUUGUUAUCGUUGAUGUGAAGGAGCCCUCUCCUAGAGUUGAUGUUUCCUGUGAACCUUUGCAGGAAGUGGAGAAAUGCUCAGACUCCCAGUCCUGGGAGGGUGUGGCUCCAGAGGCAGAACCAUGUGCUGAAAAUAGAGUAAAUAUUCCAGAGGAAAAGAGUGGAGAGCACGAUGGAGAGUCAAAAGCAGAGACCACAGAGAAGGACUCUGAAACAGAAGACUCUCCACAACCUUCUUUACCUUCAGUGAGAGACGAACCUGUCAGGUCCGACCAGGAGGCCCAGCAGCCCCAAGUUCAAGAGAAAGAGAGCCCAGUGGUUGUAGAUGCCCACGUGGCUGAAGACAAGCAGCUGGGAUCAGAGGGCACAUGCCAGCAGCUUGGGAAAGCCCCUGCCCGCGCCUCACAGAGUUUCUGUGAAAGUUCUAGUGAAACCCCAUUUCAUUUCACUUUGCCUAAAGAAGGUGAUAUUAUCCCACCAUUGACUGGCGCAACCCCACCUCUUAUUGGGCACCUAAAAUUGGAGCCCAAUAGUCAUAGUACUCCUAUUGGGAUUAGCAACUAUCCAGUAAACACCAUAGCAACCAGUGAUGUCAUGUCUGAAAGCAUGGUAGAGAUCAAUGAUCCUCUUCUUGGGAAUGAAAAAGGGGACUCUGAGUCUGCCCCAGAAAUGGACGGAAAACUGUCUCUGAAAAUGAAACUGGUUAGUCCUGAGACAGAGGCCAGUGAGGAAUCUUUGCAGUUUAGCCUGGAAAAGCCUACAACUGCUGAGAGAAAAAAUGGAUCUCCUGCUAUUGCUGAGCCUGUUGCCAGUCCCCAGAAGCCCGUGUCUGUGCUUGGCUGCGUCUAUGAAGCCCAGCAAGAGAAGGAGACUCCAAGUGAGGAUCCUCCCUCUGCGCCUGGCAGGGCGAAUUUGCUCCAUUUUCCAAGUGCUCAAGAAGAAGACACAGAAAAACCAGAUGCUACGCCAAAGCUCAGGCAAAGUGAACAGCCUGUGAAGCCGAUUGGGCCUGCCAAGGAUACUGCUGCUUCUGAGGACUCUGCCUCUUCUGUUUCCCAGCAGAGGGCCUCACAGGGGUCUUUCAGUCCUCCAGGGGAAGUGAUAGAAACAGACCUGCUAGAAGGACUGGGUGCUAACCAGGACAAACCUAGUAAGAUCUUGAUGGAAAGGCCCACCCAGAGUAACGUAGGAAUCCAGACCAUGGACCAUUCCCUGUGUGCCCCAGAAACUGUGUCAGCAGCAACCCAGACUGUGAAGAAUGUAUGUGAGCAGGGGACCAGUACAGUGGAGCAGAACUCCGGGAAACAAGAUGCCAUUGUGCAGACUGAGAGGGGGAGUGGAGAGAAACCUGCCAUUGCUCCUGUGGACGACACAGAGUCCCUCCACAGCCAGGGGGAAGAAGAAUUUGAAAUGCCCCAGCCUCCACAUGGCCAUGUUUUGCAUCGCCAUAUGAGAACAAUUCGAGAAGUCCGUACACUUGUCACCCGUGUCAUCACAGAUGUUUAUUAUGUGGAUGGAACAGAAGUGGAAAGGAAAGUAACGGAGGAGACUGAAGAACCAAUCGUAGAAUGUCAGGAAUGUGAAACAGAAGUUUCCCCUUCACAGACUGGAGGUUCCUCUGGGGACCUGGGGGACAUCAGCUCCUUCUCCUCCAAAGCUUCCAGCUCACACCACACAUCCAGUGGAACAAGUCUCUCAGCCAUACACAGCAGUGGCAGCUCAGGGCGAGGAGCUGGGCCACUCAAAGGAAAAACCAGUGGGACAGAACCUGCAGAUUUUGCCUUACCCAGUUCCCGAGGAGGCCCAGGAAAACUGAGUCCUAGAAAAGGGAUCAAUCAGACAGGGGCACCAGUGUGUGAGGAGGAUGGUGAUGCAGGCCUCGGCAUCAGACAAGGAGGGAAGGCUCCAGUUACACCUCGUGGGCGUGGGCGAAGGGGCCGCCCACCUUCUCGGACCACUGGAACCAGAGAAACAGCUGUGUCUGGUCCAUCGGGCAUAGAAGAUAUUUCACCUAGCAUGUCACCAGAUGACAAAUCCUUCACCCGCAUUGUGCCCCGUGUGCCAGAUUCUACCAAACGGACGGAUGCCAGUUCUACUGCUUUGCGGCGGAGUGAUUCUCCAGAGAUUCCUUUUCAGGCUGCUACUGGUUCCUCUGAUGGCUUAGAUUCCUCAUCUUCAGGAAACAGCUUUGUGGGGCUCCGUGUUGUAGCCAAGUGGUCCUCCAAUGGCUACUUUUACUCUGGGAAAAUCACCCGAGAUGUUGGAGCUGGGAAGUAUAAGCUGCUCUUUGAUGAUGGGUAUGAAUGUGAUGUGUUGGGCAAAGACAUUCUCCUGUGUGACCCCAUCCCUCUGGACACUGAAGUGACAGCUCUCUCAGAAGAUGAAUAUUUCAGUGCAGGAGUAGUGAAAGGACAUAGGAAGGAGUCUGGGGAGCUGUAUUACAGCAUUGAAAAAGAAGGCCAAAGGAAGUGGUAUAAGCGAAUGGCAGUCAUUCUGUCCUUGGAGCAAGGACACAGACUGAGAGAGCAGUAUGGGCUGGGCCCAUACGAAGCUGCCACACCGCUCACGAAGGCGGCAGAUAUCAGCUUAGACAAUUUGGUGGAAGGGAAGCGGAAACGGCGCAGUAACAUGAGCUCCCCAGCUACCCCUACGGCCUCCAGUAGCAGCAGCACAACGCCCACACGUAAAACCACAGAGAGUCCCCGUGCUUCCUCGGGAGUUCCGUCAGGCAAGAGGAAACUUCCGACUUCUGAAGAGGAACGGUCCCCUGCUAAGCGAGGGCGAAAGUCUGCCUCCGUGAAACCUGGAACAGUGGGGGCAUCAGAGUUUGUGAGCCCCUGUGAGACUGGAGACAACACAGGUGAGCCUUCUGUCCUGGAAGAGCCAAGAGGGCCUCUGCCCCUCAACAAGACCUUGUUUCUGGGCUAUGCCUUUCUCCUCACCAUGGCUACAACCAGUGACAAGCUGGCCAGCCGCUCUAAGCUGCUAGAUGGUCCUGCAGGAAGCAGCGAAGAGGAGGAGGAAUUUUUAGAAAUUCCUCCUUUCAACAAGCAGUAUACAGAAUGCCAGCUUCGAGCAGGAGCUGGGUAUAUCCUUGAAGACUUCAAUGAAGCCCAGUGUAACACAGCCUACCAGUGUCUCCUAAUUGCCGACCAGCACUGUCGAACCCGGAAGUACUUCCUGUGCCUUGCCAGUGGCAUUCCUUGUGUGUCUCAUGUCUGGGUCCAUGACAGCUGCCAUGCCAACCAACUUCAAAACUAUCGUAAUUAUCUGCUGCCUGCUGGGUAUAGCCUUGAGGAACAACGAAUUCUGGAUUGGCAACCCCGUGAAAACCCUUUCCAGAAUUUGAAGGUCCUCUUGGUGUCAGAUCAACAACAGAACUUCUUAGAGCUCUGGUCUGAGAUCCUUAUGACUGGAGGGGCAGCCUCUGUGAAGCAGCAUCAUUCAAGUGCCCAUAACAAAGACAUUGCUUUAGGGGUGUUUGAUGUGGUGGUGACGGACCCCUCAUGCCCAGCCUCGGUGCUCAAGUGUGCUGAAGCCUUGCAGCUGCCUGUGGUAUCACAAGAAUGGGUGAUCCAGUGCCUCAUUGUUGGGGAGAGAAUUGGAUUCAAGCAGCAUCCAAAAUAUAAACAUGAUUAUGUUUCUCACUAAAGAUAUUUGGUCUUAACUGGUUUUAUUCCCUGCUAUUGUGGAGAUUGUGUUUUAAUCAGGUUUUAAGUGUGUCUUGUGUGUAAUUGUAUUCUUUGCAUGGACCUUGUACAUAGUUUUAUUUGCUGGACUUUUAUGAUAAAAUAAAUGUUGAAUCUCUUUGGUUGUAGUAACUGGGAUGUCUUCAUCUGUUUCUUUGAGAUUAACCUCAGAAUAUGGUAAACAUAGGAUCUUCUCUGAAGUUUUCAGCAGGCUUGUCACUUUAGAAGUACAGCAAACAAAGAAAGAUAAAAAUAGAGGAAUGAACUUUAUUCUGUGGCACCACUGACUGUCAAUGUCAAAAGGUUAUCCCAGGCUACCUAAAAUGUUAUACUUCCAAAAACGCAGCUUAAAGUAGGUGAGGGCCUGGAUGAACAGUAAGUAGUGCUAAAGUUGGGUGGGACUGGGGACAGCUCUGGGUAUCAGGACUUUAUUAACAGAUGACCUGCUACUGGGAACAUGAACAUGACCAGUAAUGAAUAGACAGUGACUAUAAAUUUGCUGGGAUGGUUUUCUGUAAAAUAAGUUGUCACAACUGUUGGAAGUUAUCCCUUCCUCACACUCUUCACCAUGAUCCCUGUUAACGAAUGGCUUCUCAUUCUCUAAAUAAAGGCUGUCUGUUAUUUUUUUCUAUAGAGCCAAAAGUAAGUACUUUUAGGCUUUGUGGUCACUUGUCUGUCUCAACUUCUUGUCUUGCUGUGAGAUGAAUCAUAGCAACCAUAGAUAAUAGCUAACUAAAUGAGUGUGUGUGGCUGUUUGAAUAGUACUUUAUUUACAAAAACAAGCAGCAGGCUGUUAUCUGCUAAGCCCUGCUUUUAGAGGUUAACAAUGGAAGGGAUCAAUCCUCUCUAGUUGACAAGUGCGGGCGCUCAGGCUCAGGUGGUAGACAGUGUAGAUGAAGAGAGGAUUCAGUGACUACGAACUGAGGCCUGAAUGCUGCAUUCUUGUCCAGCUUGGAAGGUAUGUCAAUGAAGUGUUUCUUUUGUUUAUGCUGAUGAGAACAUUAGUAUGUUCUCAGUCAGUGGUGGCUAGGCUAUCUGACCAUAAAACCUUAACUCCUGUGGCAGGUCUAAGGAAGGAAAACUGGGUUGCAGUUUUUAGUUUCUAAAAUCUGAACAAUUUGACUUCUAUCAUCUUUAGCCAGAAUUUCCCUUUUACCAGUCUGAAAAAAUUAGAACCCACUGGCUAAAUUCUUCAGAUAAGAAUACUCAAAUCUUAAAUUUUUGGGAAGGAUAAUCUGUAUAGUUACAAAUAACUAGGUACAGAAAGAGGGAAAGCCCACACCCUGUCUAAAGGGUUUUCUAAUUUCCUUUCUUACAUAUGAGCUAAUCCCCACUGUUUACUGUGGUUUCCUUCCAUAGGAACAUAGUAAACGUUUAAUAAACCACCGUUACACAAAUGAACCCACCCCACAGAUGGCUUAGUGUAAAGGAUCAAAGCCUUCGUGUGGUCAGCAGAGGGAUAUCAGACCCCAGUUCCCCUACUGGAAUGGUAGGAAGGAUUUAUACCUCUGGAUUUCUUCUAGAAGACCCUUUCAGCAGCCUGCAGGCAUCUGAUGAAUGACUAAAGAGAUUUGUUACAGACAUCAGAAGAUGGUAGGGCAGACUGUUACUUCAUUUUGUGAACCAGAGUUUUCACAUCCCAAAACUAUAAGAGAAAAAAAAGUUUCAUUAAAUGUCAUGCCUUCCAAAGAAGCAAUGGCAAUAUGAGAUAGAGCUAACACUGAGGCAACAACACACUCUUCAGAAGCCGACUGCCAUUGGGUGUCAGUAUUAGAUUUAAGGAAGUUUAGAAGCAAGAGCAGGCUGGGGAAGCCAGACUGCCCCUAGAACAGCAGUAUAACCUAACACUGAACUUAACCCUCAGAUGUGGUAUUUUACCAUGCUGAUGAACUUCACUAGAAAAUAAAUUCCAGUAAAAUUGUGGAACAUGAUCACUCUACCCCCAUACCCCCCACCCUCUUUCCUGCAUCUCUGAGCCUUGCUUUAUAAAAUGAGGGCAAUCUGGAGAUGAUGGCGAGAGUUGCAUUUUGGUCUUCUAUAGUUGAUUAACCCCUCCUCCAAAUCUAGUAAGUGCCCCUAGUUCCUACCUGCCCAGAGUUCCACCAGCCUGGGUAUAGUAUUUGUUAUAGUCUAGCCGGAGCAGUAACUGAGCCAAAUCUGAGUUGAUCUGGUGAUUACGAACACUGGAAAGAAUCUUGAACAGGAGUGAAGACUGGCGACUAAAGCCCUGUUGAGAGACCCAAGCUGUCAGUGACCACACAGUGCUAGGCACCUUGGGGGAGUCUUUGGAAAAAGCUUUGCUUAAAUGUUUGCAGGACCACCUGGCCUUCCCAUAUUCCCAUUUCUGUCAGCCCCUAAAAUGACCGACUUCUUAGUGCCAUGUCCGUGAAAUGCAUGACUCCCAUCAAAGUACUUUCUCAUUAGUAGGAAUUUAACAGCUUGUUUAAGACUAAUAUAUUCCAUCACAUACUGGGAUUGCAGUGAGCUUGCUUUGUUACAAGGAGAUAAAUAUAGUCUGAGAUUAUAAUUACCAGUGAGAUAGGAGGCUGGUUCAGGGAAAGGAGUGGGAUGUGAGAAAAUGAGCACAAAGCCAGUGCACACUUGGUGGGCUGAAUAAACUAUUUCAGGGCUGAGCUAUUUCUGAACACUGUGAGGCAGCACAUUAUAAUCAUCUUCAAAACUCAAUGAUACCAGCGCUUGUACCUUUUUUAUCUUGUCAUUUCUGUGUCUGUUCUGGAAAAACACUUUAUUGACCCGGAGCAAAGACUGCUUGCUCCAUAGGCCGGUGGUGUAUAUUUUCCGUGGCUAGGCAGACUCACCUUCACGAGAAUGCUCAGCUGGGCAGCUCCUCGCUCAUCCAGUGGACCCAGGUUCUGACUGACCAGUGAACAAAAACUGUGACAGAGAUCUAGGAUUUCAUUCAGGCAAUGAAACACCUAUCCAAAAAUAUAGCUGGCGUUAAGAAAUGAAGAAAUCGCUGAGAUCAGUUGACCUCCCAUGUCUGAUCUCAGCAGAGAUACCACAACCUUCAAAGCUGUCUGGCCCUCCCAAGGAACAUACAGAAUGAACACCCCUUCUUGGGACAGCUGGCUUCUCUAACUCCCUGCACAAAACCUCUGCUCUAGUCAACAUUAACUCAUCAUUUCUAGACCCACUGAGUAUGUUCUUGCCUUUGAGCUCUGAGUGUUGUCCCCUGGGAUUUCUCUUCUUUAGUAACAGUUCAAGCCCCAUUCUCUGUGAAAUGCUCCUUCCCCACUGCAGCCUUUAGUGAUCUCCGCCCUUCUUCUGCUGUAGUAUCUGUGUUGUUCACUGGUGAUUGUCCGGGCCACCUGUGCUGUUGCUGACUUUUGUGUGUACAUGUCUUGUUUUCCAACUAGAUUGUGAGCUCCUUAAGGGCAGAGCCAUGACUUAUACCUCUUUGUAUCCCCAGUGCCUUGCAUACAGUAAGCACUCAAUAAAGACUUUCAAUUAUGAUGA